CCGACGUGUUAUUUUCAUAUAAUAUUUGAGAAAUGUUUUGUUUUCUUUUAUAAAAAAAUAUAAUCUAUUUAAUUAGAAACUUUAAUAAGUUAUCUUUAAAAAGGUAGUUUGUAUUAUUUCAUAACAUAAAGCAAAACUAUAUAUCUUAAUGAAAUACUACGGCUUAUAAAAGAAUCAAAAAAUUAUUACUAUUUACAAUCUGAAUGAAGUACAAAUGAUAAAUUUGUCAAAUAGCCAGUUAUAAAACGCAAUUUCAUUAAUGGCAGAUUUAUUUGAUAUUGCCAAUUUAAUAACAACAGUCGGCGUUGAUGCUGUAAAAAUCAAACCUGAACCUGGUUUACCAGAAAAAUCAUCAAAUGAAAUUUUAACUGAACUUUUUAGCACUUUCGAUGUUGAUGAAGGAAUAGUUUCUCCUCAAAAUGAUUCUGAUACAAACACCAAAGGGGACAAAUCAGAGAAGAAAAAGAAGAAAAAAAAGCAUAAGCACAAAGACAAGAAGCAUAAGAAAAAAUCUAAACGUAACUCGUCUGAUAGUAGCGAUUCUGAAGGUGUUGGAACGAAAAAAAAGAAAAAACAUAAAAAGAAAUCAAAACGAAAGCUUGAAGAUGGCUAUAAAUCAUCAGAUUCUGGAAGUACAAAAUGUAAAUUACGAAAAUUAAAUGACGAAUUAAUAGCAACAAUUAAUCCAAAAACUAUAGAAGAUGAAUUUAAUAUUUUGGGAAGAGAAGAUAGUAAAUACAAUGAUGUUGUUGUUAAGAAAGAACCAAAUGAGAAAGAUGAGACAAUUUCGAAAAAUAAGAAGAUUAAUGAAUUUAGUCCAUUAUUGCCACCGGUAUCUCAAAAAAUUGAUGAUACUGAAGAGCCUGUUCCUCUACUUCUUGAAAAAGCAAAAACUUCGUCCCAUGGUAAAAUUUUAAUAAAGGAUUUAAAAAAUAGUGUCGUUUAUAAUGAAACCGUGAAAGAAAUUGAAAACAAAGAAAAAGAAAAAGCUGCAAGAAUGGAAGAUGGUGAAAUUUCUGAUAGCAGCGAUGAUGAUGACGAUAGAACACCAACUCUAAGUCCAUCUCCAACUCCAGAUUUUAAAUCUAAAUCACCAAUAUUAAAUAAUUCAUUAGAAAAAUCAAAAGAAAAAAGUAAAAGUCCAACAUCACGAAAGAAAAUAAAAAAUGAUCUUCGUUUGAUUUUGAAAGAAAAAGAACGAAAACGAAAAGAAAGAAAAACUAAGGAUGAUAAGGAUGGUAAAUCACAUAGAAAUUAUAAAGAUUCGAAAAAGGACAACAAUAAACAAAGAACUAAUAGUCAAGGUAAAGACAAAAAAAGAUCUACAUCACAGCAACGUUCACAUCGAAGUAGAAGUAGAGAUAAAGAUAAACAUCGAGGAAGAAGUCGAGAACGAAGAGAAAGAAGAUGGAGUCACGAUAGAUGGGAAGGUGACAGGAGUCGAGAUAGAAGACAUUACAGUAGACACAGAAGUAGAAGUAGAGAAAGAAAAGAAAGAAUUGAGAUUGACAAAAAGAAAUUGUUGGAAAUUGCGAGAAAAAAUGCCAUAGGCAUGAUUAAACGAGGUGCUCUACCUUUAGCGCAAAGAGAUAAAGCUAUUGCUGCCAUUCAAGCUGGAGGAAAGACUGUUGAAGAACUUACAGAUUUCUGCAAAUCUUUAUCAAAAUCCGAAGCCUUAGGAGAAUUAUCUAGUAUUUCAUCAGACGAUGGUAGUGAAUCUGAAAAAGGUUUCCAUCAUCCAUUCCUCUUGAAGGAAAGACCUAAUUCUAUUAUAAUGAAUAUUAGGGAUGCUAAACAACUGCCAACAAAAACAUUCCAAGAAAAAACAGCAGAAUCAUCAAAUCAAUUGCGAUUACAAUUUCCAGUUUCAAGUGGUCAGCUUCAUAGAAAAACUGAAAGUGAAUGGGUGCCGGUGCCACCUAAAAAAGUAGAACCCCAGAAAAAAUUUGUUCCUGCAAGUGAACCACUUUGUUCUCUACCGAAACCGGUUCCGGUUCCUGCUCCAGUUCCACCGCCAGCUCCUGUUGCAGCAUCUGUUCCUACAUCCGUUCCUACUACAGUAUCACAACCUUCAGUUUUUCCUCAAAAUAUGUCUGCCGAGAAUAUAGACAUAGGAUCAAUUGUUUCACAAAGGCUGGCAGCAAUGAGAAAAUUAAGAGAGAAUCCAAACGAUGUUUGUGCUCUAAAUGAAAUGUAUAGAGCACAAAAUGAGAUGAAAUCUUGGGCAGAAAGUAAACAGAUGCCAGGACAUUUUACAGGUAGCACUGGAGUGAAAGUACUGACACCAGCAGAACUAACAUCAGGUUAUCAAGCAUGGGCUCGUAAGGACCAAUUAACAUCGGCAUUACCGGUGUCGGGAGGAAUGGGAAUGGCUCUACUUCAAAAAAUGGGUUGGAGACCUGGAGAAGGAUUGGGCAAAAAUAAAGAAGGUACUCUUGAACCUUUACAACUUGAAGUUAAACUAGAUAAAAGGGGUCUGGUUUCUGAACAAGAUAUUGGAAAAAAAGUUGGAAAAACGAUGAAACCUGUGGUACCAUUAAUCAAAACUUUGGAAGGCAAACAUCCAGUUUCUCUUUUGGGCGAAUAUUGUUCGAAACGAAAAUAUGGAGUUCCUGUUUAUGAGCUUUGCUUUGAAUGUGGACCAGAUCAUAAAAAAAAUUUUCUUUUUAAGGUUAAAGUGAAUGGCAUUGAAUAUAAACCUAGUGUUGCAAGUCCAAAUAAAAAGCAAGCCAAAGCAGAAGCGGCCCAAAUUUGUUUACAAACAAUAGGUCUAUUACCUACUGCAAAUAAAACUGAAUAAUUUUCUUUAGAUAUAAAUUUAUAUAUUGUCAUUUUUUGUAAAUAUUAGUUAUAAAUAAUUAUUUCUUAAAAAUAAAAUAUAGAUUGUAAAAAAAUUA